AUGUACCCCUGUGCCAUGUGUUCUACAUAUGGGUACAGUUGCACGUACAACAACGAGGGUGCGGGUGAUACUACAACUGGUGGCUUACAUUUCUCCCCUUUCGCCGAGUACGGUGCUUUGGACGGUGAAAGGCAUUCAUCGAACACGUCCCCGGUCCCGAUCCCGGGCCCUGCCACUGCCCCAGUCUCUGCAACCCGCAGUCCAACCAACCAGUCGGACACGGGCCCAGGCCCUCAGUCGUCGACGCAGAGUCCCGCCGUCGCGGCUGCAACAAGCGCCUCGCCGGGCAUAUUCGACGCCCAAAAGUUCCGACACUCCGGCGCCUCAGCGGCCAUGGCAUUCCCGCACAUCCUCGGCGUAGCGCUUGGUUCACACAGUCCCCCCAAAACACGGUCCUUUGCCUACAACUUCGGUGUUCGGCCCGAGGAGACAUCGAAUGCGCACUGCUUUCUGGCGAACCUCAUCUCGCAGGACGACCUAGCCUUCUUCUCAGACGUGUACUUCUCGAUCCUCGGCCCAAUUGGGGACGUAAUUGACCCGCAGAUCUACGCACAGCGCUGUCAAGCUUACUAUCUGAGCCUCGGGCGCAAUGCCAACGGCGUCGCCUUCGCCGCCGUAGCAGCAGGCAUCGCCGCCCUAGGCUCCUUCCUCUCACGGGCAUCUCAUACCAAACACCCCCGCGAAUCCGAGCUCGUCGCCUACGCCAAGUCCAUCCUCGACGACCCGGCGUCCAUGCGCCUGCACGGAAUCGACCACAUCGUCGCCUGGGGCCUGCGCGUCCUCUACCUGCGCGCUACAACCCGCCCAAGCAAUGCGUGGAUUGCGUCCUGUACGCAGAUGCAUCUCGCCGAGGCGAUUGGGCUGCAUCUUGAAGAGAAUGUAAUGAAGAUGGCGGGUAGUCCUAAUGCGAUGGCACGGGGCCAUGAUGCGGAUAGGCUGCGGAGGAUCUUCUGGGUUAGUUGGGCGGGCCAUGUCAUGCUCUGCUAUGAGUAUGACCGCGAGCCUGUGCGGUUUGGGGCUGUGACGUGUGGAGCGGUGGCUGAGGUCGCUGGGUCUGUUGCGGGCCAGUUUGUUAAGCUCAUCCAGAUUAUCCCCAGCCCUAACUCGCCGUUCCAACUGGACAGUCAGCGUGGGACGCUGACUCCGAGUGAGGAGCUAAUUCAGCGCCUCGGUGUUCUGGACACCUUCCACACAACGCAUCCGUUCCUAGUGGUAACGAAAGCAGACAUCGCGUUCGCCUUCUACCGCCGGCUCUACACGUGCAAGAUUCGGAUCCCGGACGAAGCCAUAAACGUGAUUAUCGACGCCGGCAAUGCAGCCGUGGAUGCAGCGACACAACAAGCUACUCAGGGCCAUCUAUUCUGGAACGUCAUCGGCAGUGUCUUCCAAUACGCAUGCAUCCUUUUGGCCGUUGACACACCGACCGCAUCUGCGCAUCUUGGCACCGCGUUUAGGGGGCUGGAGGAUCUUGUCCAGGCUGCGGAUACGCCGCUGACGAGGGAGGCGUUGGGCGUGGCGCGGCAUCUGCUGUGUUUAAGUAAAGCUAAGAAAAGAAGAGAGUUGGAGCUGUUGGAGGGUGUUGAGGCGGGGUAUCGGUUCUCCUCUGGGCAGGCGGGUUUGGAACCGGGGACGAAUGUUGAUGCCGUGGCGAUGCCGGAUGUGGGUGUGGAAUUGGACUGGGAUCAGUUCUUCAUUGAGCCGUUCUUUUCUCUGCCUUGGCCUGAUGUUCAGCUGUAG